AUGGCGCUGAGAACGCCAUGCCCCAUAUACCGCGCGCCUGAGAACGGCCGCACUGCUGCCUCGCGUCGGCAGUCCCGUGUACGCCCCCAGCCGGGCGUGUUCCUCCCACCGAGUCGCUCACGUCCGGAGCAAGACGCGCGCAAAGGGUCGAAUGUCUGGCGAUCAUCGGCCGGACUCUGUCUCGCGUUGCUCAUCUCGACGGACUCGCCGAAGUCGACGCUCGUGCUAUCGACAAGCGACGCUCGCCAUCUUGGACGACGUACCAGUGGUGUCAGGCCCGCUCUUAUGCGAGGCAUAUUCAACCCAGGCAUCCACCGCCCCACACCAGGCCUCCUGCCAUCGUCCACCCAAGACAUGUCCUCGAUGCCGCCCCCGGUGCCUCCCGGUCCUCUAGGGUCCUCGACCUCGAUCACCCUUACCUCCCCCCUCCCGCUCACUGCCCUCCUCUGCGUCGCCCACUUCCUCGACACCUUCUCCACCGCCGCCUUCUUCUCUGCGGUGCCUUCCAUCGCUUACUCCCUUCUCAUCCGCGAGCCGACGACGACAUGGCUCGUCUCCGCCUCCCAGCUCUCCUUCGGUGCCCUCCUCCUCCUCUCCGCACGCCUUUGUGCCUCAUACAGCCCGAAACACCUCUUCGUCUUCUCCCUCUUCGCCCACGGCGGGAUCGCCGUUGCCAAUGGCCUCCUCCGCGAGCCGCACCUUCUCCCCGUGUUCCUCGCCUUGCGAGGUCUCGCCGGUCUCACUGCGGGCUUGUCGGUGCCCGCCGCGCUCCAGCUAGCGACCUACCUCUCCCCGGCUCCCGCCUUCCACCGUCGUGCGUUGCGCGCAUAUACCGUCUCCGCCGCGCUUGGGAACGUUGCCGGCCUCGUCUUGGGUGCAGUCUUCGCCCAAUACGCGCACUGGUCGUGGCUCUUCUUCUUUCAGGCCAUCCUCGCCCUCCCCGCAGCGACUAUUGGCUACGCGCUCCUCCCCCGCCGACGCUUCACCUCCGAUGAGCCUGAACCGUCAUCAACUACGAUCCUGGAGAAAUCGUCGAUCCCAGCCGACGCCGAGACGCCACCCGCACUCGACUUCUUCGGCGUCUUCCUCCUCCUUGCCGCGCUCGUCCUAUUCCUCCUCGGCGUCACGACCGGGGCACCUUCGCUUCACGCUCGCGCCUGGACGGGGCCUGCGGUUCUUGCCCCGCUCCUCGUCGCCCUCCUCCUCUUCUCCUCCCUCCUCUUCUGGGAGCGACGACUACCCGCUGCGCAGACGCUCCUCCCACCACCUCUGGUACGCAACCGCGCGUUCGUUGUGCUAUGUAUCGUGGGCGGUCUGCCACUCUUUUGGACCACGACCGUGUUGUUCGCGUUCAGCACGAUAUGGCAAGAUCUAUACUGGAGUCCUAUGAGCUGCGCCUUGCACUUACUACCCCUCGCCCUCGUGCAAUCGAUAACGCUCGUCAUCCCGCCACAAUAUAUCACCUCCCUCCGGCUGCCGUAUACCCGUCUGCGACUGACCACGAAAAGGUUCCUUCUGCUAGGGCAACUGCUCCUCGUCGCCGGCUCUGCGCUCGUCCCAUUCGCGGACAAACCGGAGUACUAUUGGCCGUUUGCCUUCCCGGGCUUCGUCCUCGGAGCGCUCGGCAGCGCGAGCGUCAUGACCAACGCUAGUGCGGCUGUCCUACGAAUAGCACCGACCAGCCACACGGGCACCGCCGCGGCGCUUUUCGCGUCCGCGCUCCACCUCGGCGCCGCUCUUGGCCUCGCGCUCGCGACGUCCCUUCAGUCGCACGUCGACCGGGGCGACCCGGGCAAGUGGAGUUUCCGCGGACGUAAAGCGGCGUUCUGGCUGCUGCUCGGCGUGGCGGUAUGCAUCGUCAUGCUGACGGCCGUGGGGUUGAAGGAGUCAGACGUACCGGCGGAGACUACAGAAACGGCGACCACAGAAAGGGAAGGGGACGAGGAUGAGAAGAAGGAGGGGUUGGGACUGGGCGCGGGAGGGGUGGGUGACUCCGACGUGUCAGUGAUGCAGAAGGAGAAGGAGACGGCGAGGAGAGCGGAUGCACCGACGGUUGAGCAGAUCGUCGCGACGCUCAUCUCGGAAUAA